UUCUUUUUGGUUAAACCCUUGAUUGAUCGGUAGUCGCUCCAGUACAUCCGUGUUCCUUCCAAGCGAUAAAGGAGCAAGCUAGUGACGAUUAACCCGAAGGUGUCGGGUCUGUGUUAGGUUGAUGCCGUUUACUUCCGCAGGCAGCUCAUGGUUCAGUCGUUCGCUGUCUAGAACAUAAUUCGAGAUGGGUUCAUGUGUAAGCUCGGAGCCGGCUGGCGAUGAGCCCAAGAAGAGGAGCCAGGCGAUCGAUCGCAAGCUAGAGGAGGAUUCUAGGCGAUUACGGAGAGAGUGCAAGAUUCUACUGCUUGGGUCCGGAGAAAGCGGUAAAUCGACAAUUGUCAAACAAAUGAAGAUUAUCCAUCAAAACGGCUACACAAUGGAGGAACUAGCGUUGUAUCGCCUGACUGUCUGCAAAAACCUCCUAGAUUGCGCCAAGUCCCUCGUAGGAGCCUAUCACCAAUUCUCCCUCGAACCCUCGAGCCAAAAAGUCCGUGACUACGUUCAAUUCAUUUCCGAUUAUAAUCUCGACCCUGAUCCGCACACCACGUUGGAUCCUAAGGUAGGGGAAGCGGUAACAUACAUCUGGAAUGAUCCGUGCACAUCCACGGCGCUGGAACAUCAGAAUGAGUUCUACUUGAUGGAUUCUGCCCCAUAUUUUUUCGAAGAAGCAAAGCGGAUCGCAUCCCCAGAUUUUAUACCCGAUGUAAACGACGUGCUUCGUGCACGAACGAAGACCACCGGUAUCUAUGAAACUAGGUUCACAAUGGGCCAACUGAGCAUACACAUGUUUGACGUGGGUGGCCAGCGCAGCGAGCGGAAGAAGUGGAUACAUUGUUUCGAAAAUGUCACUUCGAUUAUAUUCUGCGUAGCAUUAAGCGAGUACGAUCAAGUACUUCUGGAGGAGAGUAACCAGAAUCGGAUGAUGGAAAGCUUAGUGUUGUUCGAUUCCGUAGUAAACUCUAGGUGGUUUAUGCGAACGAGCAUUAUCCUGUUCCUGAACAAGGUGGAUCUUUUCCGACAAAAGCUCCCUCGGUCCCCCUUGAGUAAUUACUUCCCUGAUUACUCUGGUGGUAAUGACGUGAACCGCGCCGCUAAAUAUCUGCUAUGGAGGUUCAACCAGGUUAACCGAGCACAUCUGAAUCUCUAUCCUCACUUGACACAAGCUACCGACACAACCAAUAUCCGUUUAGUAUUCGCUGCGGUGAAGGAGACGAUUCUACAAAAUGCUUUGAAGGAUUCAGGCAUCUUGUAGACGAGAUUACCUCAUUCGCAGGCAUUUCGAGUCAGAUCACGAUCUCUGUGCUUCCUUGAUGGACCACUGGCUGACCGAGCCACAUUUGUUUCCGACAGCCAUGACGCUCUUUCUAUCCUCUUUCUCUCUUU